CAGGCUGCGGCCAGCACAACACAUCCGAGUCCGAAACAUCCCUCACUCGCCUUGUCCUUCCCCAGUCCGCCUUCAACAGGCCUUUACACUCCUUUGAACGGGCCACCAUCGCAGACUUUAUCUCUCAUGGCACACGCAGCUUCCGCCAAACACUUCGUCGCGCGCCACCCGCGCUACUUAGCCAUCCUCGGCUUCAUCCUCCUUGGUCUCGUCUUCAUCUACGCCCAGGGCCCACCAGACGAGCACUACCUCAAGCGCAAUCCGCUCAAGACAUGGAUACUCGAGGAGGAUAGGCGGUACCAGCAGACGUUGCGAGAGAGAGACGGGAUGGUGCGGAAGUGGGGACCGACGCCGGAGCGCGUUCAGGCAUUCCCACCACAAGAUGAUUUCUAUACUCUGUGGGACUUCUACAUUCCGUCAUUCCGCUGCCCGCACCGCGUCGAGCGCGUCGGUGCCCUCGGAGACGGCGGCAAGUGGGUCUGUGGGCUCGAGCGCAUCGCUCAGCAAGACUCCUGCGUGAUCUACUCCUUCGGGAUCAACAACGAGUCGUCCUUCGAGGCCGCCCUCAUGCGUGCCGCCCCGCGCUGCCAGGUCUGGGGCUACGACUUCAGCGUGCCCAAUUUCGGGCCUGAGAUCACGGAGGACUCGAACCUGCGUUCCCGGUCGCACUUCCGGUCGUGGGGGCUCGGCUCUACGGACAACUAUGGCCCGGACGCGAACCCGCCGUUCUACACGCUGCAGACGCUCAUGGCGAUGAACGGCCACUCCUUCAUCGACAUCCUGAAGGUUGACAUCGAGGGCGCCGAGUUUGAUGCGCUCGCGUCCUUCCUCGCAUACCACAUCGCCCAGGCGGCCAACAGGCCGCCCCCACCGCCGCCGCCGUCCAACCCGCACGGCCCGCCGCCGCCGCCGCCGUCGAUGCUCCCUACGCUCCCGAUCGGCCAGCUGCAGAUCGAGCUGCACGCGCGCUCCGGCUCGGGGCACGACACGUUCGCCGCUUUCAACAGCUGGUGGGAGUCCCUCGAGGCCGUCGGCCUGCGCCCGUUCUUCGCGGAGCCGAACCUGGUGUACGUGAACCUGGUCCGCGGGGUGCGGCCGGACCUUGUCGAGUACUCUUUGCUCAACAUCCGCGGAGACCAUACGUUGGUCUCGGACCGUUACAUCGCUUACUAGUUGCAGAUGCCGCCUCCCAGCGAGGACUCUCGUCACAUCCUAACUAAUCUGCACAGCUUUGCCGUGCCAGGGGCAGCGGACUCUUUCCUUCCGAGUACCAAUGUAUUUUAUAAUCGUCGUUCAAUGCUCUCUACAUGCUCGCAGACAUUGAU